AUGGGCACGCCACAGAGGGCACGGUACGAUGGACGCGGGCCAGGGGUUUGGACUGCACCACGACUGGUGGAGCAUGCCGAGGUUGGCGGCAGGAGGGAAACGUGGUUUCCGUUUGUGGAGGUGACGGGGCGUGAUAGUGGUGGUGGUGAUGAUGAUGAUGAUGUGGGUAAAGAUGGGCGAAAGUGGACAGGCACGGAGCUGACCUUGGACGGUUCAUCCGGACGGCGGGGUCGCGUUCCGGCCGGUGGCAGGCAAUGCGGUGUUUUGGGUCAAUCUUGCACGCCAACGGGACCGGGGAUCUGCGGACCAGGCAUGCAGGGUUUCAGAUUGGGGAGGGGAGGAAGACGGCUAUGA